UUUCAAAAAAAAAAAAAAAACAUGGUUAGGGUCGUUUCAAAAAAAAAAGAAACAUGGUUAGGGUUAGGGUUAGGAUUACGGAGGAGGCGGAGGCGGCUGCUUUAUUCCCGAUCCCGAUCUCAAUCCCGAUGCCGAUCCCCAUUACCACCGGAGGAAAAAAGAUUAGGGAGGAGGCGGAGGCGGAGGCGGCUCCUUUAUUCCCGACGCGGAUCCCGAUCGGCAUGGCCAGCGGAGGCGGAGGAGCGCCAUGGGCGGACGGUGCCUUCCCCGAUUGGGUGAUGCUGAACCGCAUCGGCCGCACCAAGUCCUACGACGGCAUAUGCGCUGUUCGUGAGGCCGUCAACCAGAACAAGACCGCCGCUGCAAUUCACAUGGCCAGCGGCCGCUCCUGCUACGUGUCCUUCGCCCUCGCGGACCCUCCAGAAGGGGUCUCCUACUUCGACCUCCACUGGCCGGAGAAAGAGGCCUCAGCCACCCGGCCCGCCUGUCCCUACGUCCGGGCAACUGACGAGGACCUCGUCCUCUUCCACAUCUCCAUCCCGAGCCAGACUCGCUACUUCAACAUCGCGUCAGAUCUGUUCGUCUACACGGCCGCCGGUCCUUCCCCCUCGGUGCAGCAGCUCCCUCGGUACACCAAGGACAGGAAAAGGCCGUUCCUGAUGGAUAAAUUCGCCACAGGCAUCCUGCAGCUCGCGCCGGACUGCUACAUUGUUGCCGACCUUAAUGUCUACCCCAAAAAAAGCGACACUGGCAAUAAUCCCAUGCUUGUUGAACUCUGCAUCUUCAACUCCGAGAAAGGACAUUGGGGAACCAUCUGCAACAGGCCUGCCCCGCGGCCGCAUGACCAGAGCAAUGUCCAGUUCCCCUUCCUGUGGUCAACUGACGAUGUGCUCGCUCUUGAUGGUCGUUUUCUGUGCUGGGUAGACUACUUCAGCGGUGUCCUAAUAUCUGACUUCUCAGAUACAUGCUCCCCUGUGCUUCACUUCGUGCCUUUCCCCGGGGGAAAAGAGUACCAUGAUGACGUACGGGUUGAAAGAUACUUCUCCGGGAGAUUCCAAAGUGUGUCCGUCAGCCAAGGCAUGCUGCGCUUUGUCCACAUUGACAAUGACUUCCAUGAGAGAAUCCAUGGUGGCCAUCGUCACCUUCUUGAGAGAAGACAAGGGCAGCACCCUCGCCAAAAGAUCACCAUUUGGGAUUUGAACAUGAUGUCCAAGUUCAAGUGGGAGCUCCAUCGUGUGAUCUACCUGGAUUCUGUCUGGGGUAGCUCUGGUUACCAGGAGCUGCACAUACCUCGCCGUCUUCCUGAGUUCCCAAUCAUCAGUGCGGAUGACCCGGAUAUUGUAUGCUGCCUUUUAAGGGAGGAGGAAUUUCACGGUGAGGCGUGGAUGAUCAUGGUUGACAUGAAACAGGCACAUGUUCAGUCAUGUACUCCAUAUAUCAAUCAACAGUCCUGCUAUGCUAAGUCUGUGGAUGUGGAUGUGGAUGUGCAAGCUCGCAAAAGCCGUUUUGCUAAUGUGCCCCUACUUCCAGCUGUCUUCUCCAGACACCUUGAAAGGCCAACUGGUAACUAGAAGAAGUUCUCUUAGUGUUUAAAUGACGCCCUUUUAUGGAUGCUAUGGAACAACGACAAGCUUGCACCUCAUCCUUCAAAGAAGAGUAAGUUUGCAAGGUAAAGACUUGGGAGUAUGGUUCGCUCAAAUCGAAGAUGAUGUUUGUCAAAGGUGCAACUUUUGGGAUUCUCAAACCGAAGAUGAUGUUUGGUGCGGUGCAGACAGAAAUGUGGGAAAAUAUCAUAUUUAUGUGAUGAAGAUGAUGUACUAAUGAAUAUCCAUUAGAGUAAACGAUACAUAUUAUGGAUCCUGUAAUCGUAUGUUUGAAAGCCAGCCUGUUAUAUGUUUGGGAUUGAACA